UCAGUGUGUCAACAUCAUCCUUGGCUUUGGAGGUAGCACGUCCAACACUUGAUCAUCCAUCGUCUCUUGGCGUGGUAAAAAAAAACGAGUCCCGAAUCAAAGAAGCAGCGGUGAUUGUGCCUUCUUGGCCAACGGCAAACUGCCAAACACGGCAUAUCGGUAACGAUUAAACCACAACCAAACGACGAAACAGACCGGCCAAAAACGCUGUGAACACUAACUUACCACCACUCCACUUAUCCUACGGACUGGCUUUGCGUCACAUUUCACUUUCAAUCCAAGGGGCUCUUGGGUCGGAAUCCCCCAUGUGAUGUUGCUCCAGGCACUUUGAUCAUCAUUCAUCCGCCUAAUCAUGAUUAGACACCAUCAUACCAGAGCCAACAUUGAAGUGAAAACGGGUUAAAAAAAGAGCUAGUGACAUCGAUGUGCUUGUGUUCCAAAAUCGAGUCUGAUUCUGACAUGAAAAUGGUGCUGAACCACUCGAAAUCGUUCCCCGCUGCCCUUGAGCCUUCUCAGGCUCUCCCUGAUCAAACGGACGACGAUCAGUGCCAAAAAAUAGAUCGGCAACAAACAAGAAAAUCUAUUCAAACUCGAGUGCCCAGUUGGUCGAGCUCUGCAGUCAUUCGGGCUCUGAUUUGUGUCAUAAUAUUCAACUUCUCAGUUACUUGCUCAAACGCAUCAUAUAACCAAUACAAGCACCACUUCUCGCAGCCAGAUCAGGCGACCGUGAAGCACGUGGUCAAUCAAGGAAGUGACCCACCCAACUUUGGCGACAAAAUCAAAAGGGCUGUUCGGGAUGUCUUGGAGUACGACUUUAACUUGACCCGGUCCGAGCGGGAUGCCGAUGCACAACUCUUCAGUCCCUAUGUGGAGCAGGAUCAUCACCACCAUCACGACCAUCAUGACAGCGAUCACCUUCAUGACAAUAACCUCCAUGAUCUACAUGAUCCAUUGGACACUCAUCACCAUGACCACCAUGACCAUCAUGAGCAUCACGAGUAUGGACACCAUGAUCACGGCCACCAGGCACACCUUCACGACUUCAUUCUCCACGAAAAGACUGGAAAGCGAACUCGGAGAACCUACGAUUUCACACGAUCUUAUCAGGUUGGAACCUCUUGCCACGAUAUUCAAGCCACCCAAGGAGCCUCUCACAGUGGUGUGUAUCUAAUCCAUCCGCCCAAUUUGGCCCAAGGACCCUGGAGGGUCUUCUGUGACCUCGAAACGGAAGGUGGAGGCUGGAUGGUGUUCCAAGUGCGGGAUGACGUGGAACCCCGAGAGAACUUCAUGAGAGGUUGGGAGGAUUAUAAAGUCGGCUUUGGGGACUUUGAUCGCGAAUUCUGGCUGGGGAACAUUCUGAUUUGGGCCAUGACCAAUAGCGACAACUACACGAGCUACGAACUGGCCAUCGAUUUGGAGGAUUGGAGUGGGAAUCAGCGAUUCGCCCGAUACCGAUCAUUUCGCUUGGGCGACGAGGCAGAUAGCUUUCGGAUGUAUCAUCAGAAUCUGUUCUAUGGUAAUGCCGGCGACUCGCUUUUCAGCCAUAAUGGCCUGGCCUUUUCCACUUUCGAUGUGGACAACGAUCAACGAGAUGGGGAAUUCUCCGAGCGAAGUUGCGCCCGUCUCUAUAAGGGUGGCUGGUGGUAUGGGAAUUGCCACGAUAGCAACCUUAAUGGUUGGGCCUUGGAUGGACCUCAUCGAAGUUUCGCCGAUGGUAUCAAUUGGUACACUUGGACUGGUUACAACUAUUCCUUGAGGAAGACCGUCAUGAAGCUUAGACCACAAAUUCACAAGCCUUUAGACACUGGAUUUGGGAAUUACGCACACAGUUCGUCGCCUCAAAAGGUCGGCCGGAACAGCAAUGACCUCAAAUUCUCAGCUCCUAGUCUUCCAAAGGCUCCAGCAAAUAAGGUUGAAGUGCCCGAGUUGCUGUCCAUGAGUAACACCCUCACCAAUCCUACGAAUUUCAAGACCAAACACACCAAAAAGAAACACAGGGAGGAACUUUGAAUCUCCGACCAAUGCCAUCACUAAUCGUUGUCAUGAAUGUUGUGAGAGGGGCCUUUGUUUUUAAUGUGCGAGAGCAUUAAGAUAGAAAACUUUAAAUUUUA